AUGGCUUCUUCGCUUGCUAUCCUCCUGCUCCUGAUGCGCCUCUCCGGUGCCAUUGCCGCCGUCUCUCCUAACUACAUCUCGAGAAGCACCGAGCAGCAGAUCAUCGCCACCGUCGCGCCCGCCGCGGACGUCGGCCAGAGCGCACAGCCUUUCCUCACCUCGCCGUCUGGGCUGUACGCCGCGUACCUUCGCCGCGCCGUGGAUAGCUCGGCCGGUGGCCCUGGCGCUGAUGCCUGCUACGUUCAAGUCCAGCACGGCGACGUUGGUGGCGGCGGCGGCAGUGUGUGGGAGUCGGAGUGCACCCUCGUCGGCGGCGCCGACGCGUGCGACCUGGCGUUCUCGCCGGUGGGGCUCGAGCUCUUCGCCGGCGGGCACUCCUUGUGGGACACCGGGAUCGACGCCGAGCCUGGGACGCUGAGCCUUGACGACGGCGGCGACAUGAGGAUCGUUAGCAAGGAGGGCGUGACGGUGUGGCAGGCGAGCGGCGAGCCGUGGACGGGGCAGCAGUGCGGGGCGACCAUGCCGGUUUCGUCGUCACCUUCGAUUGACGUGCUCCCGCCGCCGUCGACCACCACCAGCGCGAAGCUUCUGACGCCGCCGGCGUCGACUCUUGCCGGUGCCGGGAGCUCGGACUCAUCUUUCGGAGACCAGCUCACGCCACCUACUGACACCUUGCCCGCCUCGCCUGACCAGCCACCAGUUGGCGCGCUGCCCGACCAACCACUGCUGCCGCCGCCGCCGCCUCCGGCCGCUGACGCGAUACCGGCCUCGCCGGAGUUGCCCCUGCCACCACCGCUGGUCGACACAUACCCUGUCUCUCCCGACCAGCCUCUGUACUCGUCGCCACCGCCGGCUCCGACGGCCAUUGUCCCUCACGCGCCAUUGCCACCCGUCGACGUGCCCCCUCUCACCCCGCCAUCGACCGGCGUCAGCGGCAAGACACCAGGUGGCAUAGCACUCCCGCCUGCGGCCGGCGGCGGCGGUGCGCCGCACCAGCACGGGUCGCCGCACCACCUGCCCAUGGGAGCGUCCCCGCCGGCGGCGGGUGGAAUGCCCGACGCGCUGGCGCCGAGCGGCGACCAUGGCGCCGCCGCAGGGGGGCUCCCCUUCGGGCAGGGACAGCAGCAAGGCGCGUUUGGCCAGCACCAGCUGGUGAACGGCGCGGGGCAGCCAUUGGAGGACAGCUCCGGCGAGCGACCAAGAAGCGUGCACACCACCAUCGCUGGCUUGGUUGCUCUAGUGAUUUCACUUGGUUUUGGCUUCUAAAAUUUCCCCCUUUUUCUUGAUAAUUCGUGUGGAGUUUGUUUGUUUCCUUCUUGGCGAUUUGCCAAAUUUGUAGCAACAAAGCAUGCCAUGUUUCAUAAAAAAGAGUAAUUUGUGUGAUAUAUUGUUCUCGUGGCCAUAGUGUACGUAGCGAUGAUAAUUGCUUUGUGUUCUUGUACAUGUCCAAUGUAUAUCAUGUUUGUCAUUGUCUAAAUAA